AUCCAAGUCACAGAAUCCUACGACAUCGGCGUGAGCGUGUAGAUGGUCACGUGAAGCUCUGCAUGUGUGGGCCUGCAGAUGUCUCACGACGGAGGUCCAGAGCUGGACUUGGAUGCCCUCGGGGAGAGGAUCCGUGCCAUCUUUGAUCGUUUCGACAAGGAUGGCGGUGGCACUUUGGACAGGCACGAGCUGCACCAGGUGUUCAAGACCUUGGUCCCAAAGAUCCCGCCCUUGCAGAUCCAUGACUACUGUAAGCACCUCAGCAGAGGCAAAGAGGGCCCGGUGUCGCGGGAAGAGUUCUGCCACUGGAUCCUGAGUGGCGGCGGCGCAAAGAUCGUCCUGCAAGCCCUCAUGAAGGAGACCAGCGACGUCCUGGCCACCAGCGUGCGCGAGGUCUUUGCGCGCUUUGAUGUGGAUGGGGACUGCAAGCUGGGCAAAAGCGAGCUCUGGAGGGUUUUCAAGACCCUGGACGGCAAGCUUCGGCUGCAUGAGCUCGCGGUGGUCAGCCAUGAGCUUGAUACCGGUGGGGACGGCACGGUCUCUCCGAAGGAAUUCCUGCACUGGCUGCGGCAAGGCUCCGACCGCGCCCAAGCCCUCACACGGACGAUCCUGAAGGAGACAGGCAGGGCGCGGGAGAUGCGGAUCCGCAACGCCUUUCAAAGGUAUGACGUCACCGGGGACGGGGUGCUGGACAUCGAGGAGCUGGCCGGAGCGCUCAAGGUCUUGGGUAGUUUCUCCACAGAGGAGAUCAAGCAUGUGCGGCUGGACUUAGACAAGAGCGGCGACGGCAAGGUGUCCUUCCAAGAGUUCGCCUCCUGGGUGAAGUGCGGCCAGGGCCGGCGGGAGGUGCUGAAGGCCAAGGCCAUCCUGGCGCCCUCCGACGGGGACGGCCUCGAGGCAGCCUUCUACAACUUCUGCGGCCCGGGGCAUGCCGACAUGAACGGCUCCAAUUUUGUCCGGCUUUGCAAGGACUGUGGCUUGCUGGACGAGCACCUGGAUGCGGUCUCGGUGGACUUGGUGUUUUCGGAUCCCCGGAUCAAGGACCGCAGUGUGCGGAGCAUCGACUUCUUGCAGUUUGAGCUGGCGCUCGAGAUCCUGGCCGAGAAGAAGGGCUGUCGCCUGGCGGACCUGCGUUCUGCGGUGCUAUUGCAGGGCUGCCCCAAGAGCCUCUGCCGCGGCGGCGUGUCGCUCUGCGGGUCCCACCACACCUCCCAGGACGAUUCCGGGGUCCAGCCAAGGAGAACCAGCUUCACCGGACUGGACGACUGGAGCCUGUCAGUCCCACAAAAGAAGCCAACUCGGUGCAGCAGCCAGAAGAAGGUGGCGGCGAUGUUGCGCACGACGGAGUCGCCGGGCCACGAGUCAUGGCGCAGGGAGGUGGACAACAGCCAGCUGUGGAAGGUCUUUGGUCUUCACACGUCGGCGGGGCGAAAUCUGAAGAAGCUGUACCAGCCUCCCUACACGCCGCCGCCAAUCAACGCCCGGCGACGAAAAUCCUGCAAUGAGCACACCUGGUCCAGUCCUUUCCUGAUGGAGCCAGGCCGGAGGCUGCCAAAGCAGGCUUGGUGAAGAUCCCGGACUCAGCUCGCUUUUCGCAUUUUUGAGAUGGUGCGCUGGAGUUCACCCGAUGUUUCCCGCACAAAAAAGGGGCCCGUGCUGGCCAGAAAGAACCUCACCGGCGCGCUUCCUCGGCGCGCGACACCUAGUCUCCAUGAGGUUCGAAACCUGGGGACACCUCUGUCAGGGGUCAUGGGG